CUCAUUUGUCACAGUCACAUUUCAGAAAAGGGCACUGUCGUAGUUUUUCGGCAAAUCAAGGGGACAUAGGUUCGGCUACCCUCACAUAUAUACACGCCCAAAAUCAGUAGUCAAUUGCCCUUUCUCAUCGGAGCUAUUACUAUUACUGCUACCACUAUCAACACUCCAAUCGCUAUAGCCCUCCCGGAAAAUGUGCUCCACCAAGCAAAAACAGAAGCAGCACCACCGCUCCUUCGACGUAGGUGGUGGUGGUAGCGGCGGAGACUGGCGGGAAGAAUCCAUCACCGGCGGAUCACUAAAGCAUGUCGAUUUAGAAAAGGGUAAAAACGGCUGGGCAUCACCGCCGGGAGACUUGUUCAACCUCCGAGGGACGAAUUACUUCACCAAAAAGACGAAAGUACCCUCCGGGGAUUGGCGUCUACAACCCGCCGGCGUUGAUUGGCUCCGAUCUAACUCCAAGCUCGACCAUGUCCUUUCUCGACACGAUAACCGUGUGAUGCACGCGCUGAGAAAAUCUCAGUCCGAAGGAAAAUCUCUCAAAACUUUCAUACUCGCCGUGAAUCUCCAAGUUCCUGGCCGUGACCACCACAGCGCGGUAUUCUACUUUUCCACAACCGACGACGCGCCGCUCGAACCAGGUUCACUUCUCUACAGGUUCGUCAACGGCGAUGACUCGUACCGUAACAGCCGGUUCAAAAUCGUGAACCGGAUUAUCAAGGGUCCAUGGAUCGUAAAAGCCGCUGUAGGUAAUUACUCAGCUUGUAUACUGGGAAAAGCGUUGAAUUGCUACUACCACAGAGGCCCAAAUUACUUAGAAAUCGACGUCGAUAUCGGAAGCUCGGCCAUUGCUAGUGCUAUUUUGCACUUAGCGUUAGGUUAUGUAACGUCAGUGACUAUCGAUAUGGGUUUUCUAGUGGAGUCACAAACGGAGGAGGAGUUGCCGGAGAAGCUUUUUGGGGCGGUUAGGAUUUGUCAAAUGGAGAUGAGUUCAGCUACAUUUGUUGAUACGACGUCGUCAAGGAAGGUAUUACCUACUGUUAAUUUACAUAAUAAUGUCAAUAGUAGCAGAGUUCAAGCUGAAGAGAAAGGUGAAAAUGAUGACGAUUAAUUAUAAGCAAAAAAUCAUUUUAUAUUUAAUUAUGAGGGAAAUUGUCAGUGACAUCCAUGUAGAUAGACGUCUAAUUUUAAGCUUAUUAAGCUUUUCUUUUUGGUCUAAUAAAAGUUCAUUUUCUUCCUCUCA